UUUUCUUCAUUAAAAAUAAUCAAAAACGAAGCAUGGCAGAAUUCUUUCGAUCUCUUUCCACUGCUGCCAUUGCAUUCCUCCUUCUUUUCUUUUUCUCCUCGCACUUUGUUAAAUAUUCCUGUGCAGAGAAAUACUUGUUUGUUCAAGGCAAAGUUUAUUGUGAUACAUGUCGUGCCGCAUUUGAGACCGAACUAACUGAAUAUAUUGAUGGUGCAAUGGUUAAACUAGAAUGUCGUGACAUUGAAGGAGGUCACAUUACAUAUUCUUUGGAAGGAGUAACCAAUUCAACUGGUGUCUAUCGACUUCCGGUUCAAGGAGAUCAUGCGGAAGAAAUCUGUGAGGUGUUCCUAGUAAAAAGCCCGCUACCGGACUGCUCAGAAAUUCUUAAAGGAGGUGCAAGUGCCCGAGUUCAGAUUACUUCCGACGAUGGUGUGGCAGACAAUACUCGAUAUGUGAAUUCUUUAGGGUUCUUGAAAACAAAAGCUAUAGACGGUUGUGUCAAUACUCUCCUUGAAAUGGAUCUACCUCCAGAAGCUAUGGUUCCAGAGUCCACCAAAAACUGAGCAUUUGGUUAAAUUUCUAGGCAGGACUUUUCCUUGUAAUCUUGAGUCCAUUUUAUUGAUACAUCAAGGCAGAAAAUGAAUCUUAUCCAUGGUUGUAAUUCAUUCACAUUUUCUUUCUGUUAGCAAAGGCAAUCACCAAAAAGUGCAGAUUACAACA